AUGGCAGUCGGUGAGGGCAGAGCAGCCGCAGAAUGUGCGGCGGACUUUGGGCCCGCCCCGUCCCUCUCGCUGCGGCUGCGUGUGUGCGCUGCUCUUGUGUUCUUCGCCCCGCGCAUGUGCGUGUGUAGGGGGAGUGCGGCCGCGAGUGGUUCGUCCGUUGCCGUCGUGACGGAGGCGCAGAGGCGAAGUGGACGCCACUGCCGUGUAGUUCCGACUUCGUGCGGCCCGCGCGACGCGUUUGAGCCGCCGCUGCGGGUGUGCGUCCCUCUGGCGCAGCUGGCCGCUGUGGGUUGUUGCUGCCGGGGCCUGUUGCGCCCCGCCAGCCGCCCGUCCUCCCGCUGUGUGGCUGCGGGGGCGUUGGGGAGGUGCGUCUCGUGUGUGCCUCUCUCUUUUUCUUCUCUCUCUUUUGCGGCUGUGAAGAAUUCGUUUUUUUUUUUUCAGUGCUAA